AUGGCAACACAUAAAUUGAAUACAUUUGUCUCCAUGACUGACACAACCAGGAAGAUCAGCACAUUGGUACCAACAGAAUUCACCACUCAACAACAGAACUCCACAACAGAUGACCUUGCCAUUAAAAUACAGAGAGAUGAGAUAAUAUAUUUAGUCGCUGGGUUCGGUGUUGUAGAAAUCACAUUGAUUGCCUUGGUGAUCAUGAUAUACAUUAAAAGACAAAGACGGUCAAACAGUAUUGGGCAAAAUACCAAGGAAAAAAAUUAUCCAGUACCGCGCAAAUCAGUGGCCAGUGUUGGAAAUGUCUACGAAAUUAUUCCUUUGGAACACUUCUUGAUUGAAGACUCCAUGCCGGAAGAAGAUGAGGUGUAUAUCGAAGUGCCGGAACAUAUGUACGACAAAACCUUUGAACAUAGACCACGUGUAAACGUCAACCCCAACUUGUACCAUCUGACAUCAGAUCUUAAAUCGAAAAACAUAUGAAAGUAGACUGUAAUGUUCUCCGGUAGAUAAGUCCACUGUGACUUUGUCAUAAG